CUUACCCGGAAAAUAGGAUGGCUGUUCGUCUCUGCCUGGGCAACGUUAAAGUGACUGAAAAAGAGAGGACUAUUGAACUGAAGCUUGAAGUGAAAGCCUCUUGGAACAUGGUGAUGCACGAGUGCAAUCGAACGUCACUGCUGAUGGUGGAAAAGGGGAUUCCGCCUUUGGGGCCUUCCAGCUCCAGGACUAUUUCUGCGCAUAACCUCGAUGGUUUCGACCUGCCGUACCUCCGGUUUCGAGAAGCCACCAAUGUGCGCCCGCUCACCAGCCAGGAUCGCACUCUCACGGUCAAUCGCGCGAGGAAGGGGAUUUGUUCGGCCAGCUACAUGGUCAGAUACGCUCUCGUUAUCGCUUGUCCGAUGGUUUUCAACAAUUUUCCUGCUGAUGAACAAAUAUGUGACAUCAACAUCCAGCACGACACCGAAGAGGGUUGGUCGGAGACAACUCGUCACCUGGUCUGGGAAGAGGAGAACGCGAUUGAUUUGUUACCUUCUUUCAAGCAUCCGGAAUUCGACCUCGAGGCCAGCAAGACGAAGUUUAAGCAGCACUGGAGCAGCACGGUUCCCAAGGUGUCCGGUGGUUUAGGACUCCGGCUGCGACUCACGCGACGCCUCACAGCGCAGCUACUGCAGACGUACGCGCCCAGCGGUCUUCUCGUGGUGCUGUCCUGGUCCGGUUUCUGGCUCCGUGGUCUGGGCGAGCGUUUGGGCCUCUGCUGCAUGCUGCUGCUGGCGCUCUGCACCCAGAUUAGUCAGCUUCGCAGGAUCUUGCCUCCCUGCGCUGGUCUCACGGGCGUCGAUGUCUGGAUGUUCUCGUGCCUCCUUUUUGUCUUUGCCGUGCUGGUGGUUUUUACCCUGAGUCACAACAUCAAACUGAAGAGAAGAAGCGGAAACGUCAGCGAGACGCGCGAUCGUCGUCGCCAGAACGAAUAA